AUGGGGCUAGAAAUAGCUUGGUGUGACCACAGGAACGCCUUCAGCGUUCCGCAGAGCCCAGCGGCGUCUCAGGAAUUACCGGAGUCCCCCCCUCCACCACCGGUGCCCCCCGCGGUACCAACCACCGAACCCUUGCUGUCCGAUCAAGUACGAAACAUCAUCCUCUAUCAAAGGUAUCUUACCCUCGAUUUUGGGGUAGGGGACCCCGACGAUUUAAGCCGCAUGGUUUCGAUCAUAACUAACCAAUUUGUUAUAGAGAGGAGUGUCGAGCAAGCCCUGCUCCAAGACGGCUGGAGCGCUGGUUCGAUUCUAGCGCAAUACACGAGUAUUCGUGGCGUUGUUCACACUCCACAAGGGAGACUCCUAAGUCCGAGGACUUAUGAGUCUUACGUGUCGUAA